CUCGCUCCGCCCCGCGCGGCCUCCCCGGCAAUGGAUGCAUGCAAGCCCCCCAACUUCUCCUGGGUGGUGGAGGGGCGGCUGGCGGGGCUGGCGAUGCCCCGGGAACCGGGACAUUACCGGUACCUGCGGGAGCUCGGCGUUCGGCACUUGGUGUCCCUGAGCGAGCGGGCCCCGCCCCACCACGGCUGCUGUCCCCAAAUUCAGCUCCACCGGCUCCGAGUGGCCGAUUUCACCCCGCCGAGCCCCGAGCAGAUCCGGAGCUUCCUGCGGAUCGUGGAGGAGGCCAAUGGCCGCGGGGAGGCCGUGGCAGUGCACUGCAUGCUGGGCCACGGCAGGACUGGCACCAUGCUGGCGUGUUACCUGUGCAAGGAGCAGCGCCUGGCCGCCGGCGAUGCCAUCCGCGAGAUCCGGCGCCUCCGACCCGGCUCCAUCGAGACCUCGGAGCAGGAGCAGGCCGUGCUGCACUUCUGCCAGCGCCUCGGCGCUGGCGAGGAGACCUGAGGGCGUGCGUGGCAUCCAUGGGACUGGGCACCUCCAAGUGCCAGGCGUGCCCAGCUCCGUCCGUCCCCUCCUGCAUUAAAGGACUGGCCUGUGGCUUCUCUCCA